AUGGUGGUGAUUGAGGGGGGUGCAGUAGGAAUCUCAGCAAAGGCUCCCAGCGCCCUCCCCACUCCCUACGUCGGCCCUCGGCAAACACACAUCACACAAGAACUGUCAGCGCUCUCCUCCGAGCAGCAGUCUGAGCCGGGGAGACGCCAGCAGCACAUCGGGGCGAGGCAAAGUCACGGCAAAGGGCAACACGUGCACCUGUCGGAGCCCCCUCUCCGGGGAUUGGCCAUUCAGCCAUGGGGGGAUGAAGAUGAUGGUGGCUUCCUAACUACACCUACAGGGCACUACCUGCUCCAGAGAGGUGGCCGUGGCACAUACCUUUGGUGGAUCUCCCUUGGGGAGAUGGAUCACAAUGUAACUAUGCAGAUCCCGGGGUUCCCAUUGGGCAACACCUCCAUGGGGAUAGAAGGGCUCAGUGAGGACGACAAUGCCAGCCUACCCAUGGAUGGCUUGAAAUGUUUCCAGAUCCUCGUUGCCACCAUCUACUCGUUGGUCUGUGCGUUGGGGCUGAUGGGCAACUUCUUUGUGAUGUACCUGAUCAGGGCCAAGAGGGCCACGGGACUGACGGCCAUUGACGUUUUCAUCUUCUGCCUGGCUUUGACCGAUUUCCAGUUUGCCCUCACGAUGCCGUUUUGGGCCGUGGAUGCCCUUUUGGACUUCAGCUGGCCCUUUGGACACCCCAUGUGCAAGAUUGUCCUGACCAUGACCGUCCUGAACGUCUACGUGACUGUUUUCCUGCUCACCGCUAUGGCCAUCACCAGGUACUGGGCCGUUGCUUCUGCGUUGAGUCUCCGGGGCCGAGUGUCCACCUCCGCUGCCAAGGGGAUCAGCUUGGCUCUGUGGUUGGUAGCUCUGGUUGCCACCAUCCCCACCACCAUCUUUGCCACCACUUUCCCAGUCUUGGGGGAGGAACUCUGCCUUCUCAAAUUCCCAGAGAACAAGUGGCUGGCCACUUACCACCUCCAGAGGGUCAUUGUUGGGUUCGUCAUCCCUUUCCUGCUCAUCUCCACCUCCUACAUCAUGCUCCUGAGCUUCCUCAGGCAGCACAAGGUCAAUGCCAACAACAGAGACCGGCAGAGCCGCAUUAACAACUCUGUGCAGCUGGUCAUUAUGGUCUUCUUCAUCUGCUGGUUCCCCAACCAUGCCGCCACCUUCUGGGGGAUCCUAAUCAAGUACAGAGCGGUGCAGUGGAGCGACGCUUUCUACUUCUUCCAUACCUACGUCUUCCCGGUCACCCUGUGCCUGGCCCAUUCCAACAGCUGCCUGAAUCCCAUCAUCUACUGCCUGAUGAGGAAAGAGUUCAGAAAGGCUCUGAAGGCCUCCUUUUGGCAGCUGUAUUCGUUUGCCGCCUCCUUUUGGCCAUCUUGGUCACCCAAAAGAACUACCUCAGACCAGGAGACCAUGGUGCCCUUGUACAGGGAGACCAGCCUCCCCAAUGUAGGUUCCAGGGACUACGCCGUUACCUCUGUGUGCACCAUAACCACCAUUCAGGAGUUCACCACCAAAGACCAAAGCCACCAGAACACCGGACAGAGAAGACAGGACACCGCCACGGUAUAGGGCCACCACACUGACUAAGUAGCCCCAUCCAAGGCGGAUAGUUUGGAGAGGAACGCAUCUCAUAGGUGCUUUCCAAGGAGACUCUUUCCAAGCUUUGGCCGCAAGGUCUUAAUAGGCGCUUAAAAGCUUCAAUUGGCGCCAUUUAUCAAGCGAUGCCAGGCGGCCGAUUGGCUCUUGGUAAACAGAUUUAUUGAGCGGCGCUUGGGGAAUAAUUGAGUCUGUUGCUCGGUUUAUUAACUGUUUCAGACCUUUCCUACUUGUCUCGUU